GUCUGAGAUUUUCAGAUUACCCCUAUCAAUAAACAUUUUAUCACAGGGUUUAUUAACACGCGUAUUACACAUGUUUAUUCACUCGAUCUUUUUAAAUUGUAGUGAACUGUAUUGAUAGCACCAUGUUCACAUUCAAUAGUAAAAAAACUUAGAAAGUCUCUAACUCUCUAUUGAUGAUAAAUGCAACAAUAAACCAGUAAACGUGACAAUAAAAUUUAUUGCCGUACAGAGUUGUAUCAAGAAUCACGCUACACAAUUGUUAAAACUUCAUGAUCUGAUACCUGACAAUUGUACUAGGCAUGUUGUGUGCGUGAUAAAUAUCAGUCCAAGAAGUAGGUUUAAAAUUUUUACACUGAGUGGGGAUGACUGUAUGAUGGAUAUAUGAAGUGCCAAUCAUAAAUUUGUAAAAGAUACCUUGCACUCUGAUCAGCUAUCAUUCAGUUACCCAAACCAUUCAGGGUACGUUGUACCAUUAGUGGCACAAUGUGGCUUCUAGUGUCAUUAGUCAUAGUCUCCCUGGUCGCUGGCCAAUGCCAGACGAUCGUCGAAGUUGAUGUUUCUGAGUCGAGGGCUUUCCAAUACAGUAUCAGUAACACCGAAAUUGAAGACUGUCAUGUCACACUGCCCAAUGGAGAUACAUACCAACUGCUACCUAAUGACACUCUUAUAUCGCUGAUUGAUGAGAGGUACACAGUCUCCAGCUCUGAUCAAACUGUAACUUGUGGUCUUUCCAUUGACUCUACUACAUUCUCAGAUAGCGGAUCAUAUUUGUUGAAUAUAACAGAUACAGACGGUGUUUCUUACCAAGCCAACUAUGUCUUACGAGUUCAAGAGAGAACUUUCAUUUGGCCAUCAAGUACAAUUAAUCUUAUUGCCACUGGAUCAGUGUAUAUAUUUCUUCCGAACAUUGAAAAAACUGUUGAAAGUUGUUAUGUAACUCCCCCCGGGAGUGAGGAAGUAGAAGUUAAAUAUGGUGCCACAGUUAGCAGCACUAUUACACAAUGGAGUCCUAGCUCAGACUCGUGGUGUGGCGUAGAGAUUUCGGAUGUCAGCAGCGCAGGAUACUGGAAGUUGACAGCAGCUGUAAAUUCCACCCAUCAUUAUUACAACAGAACUUUGUUAAAGCUGCAAGAUCCCUCAACUGUGACUAGUACUUCGUCGGUUGUUACUUCAGUUAUAGGUCAAAGCUUGACCGAUUAUAUUGGUCACACGAAUGCUAGUUAUUGCCAGUUAACAAAUCCUCAAGGAGAAAUCGAACAAGUAGUGGCUGGACGUUGCAGUUUCAAUCUAUCGCUAGUUACCACUCAACAUAAUGGAACUUGGAUAGCUUCUACUGGCUUAAAGGGGUUUGCUACUGAGAUAACGGAAAAGAUUGACUUAGAUGUUGCGGCAACCUCGUACAUCUAUACUGCAUCUUCUGAGAAUGAAGUUAUCAGUGGAGCAAUUGAUCUGUAUUGCAGAGUUGAUGGAGUGGAAAGCGAGGUCUGUCGAUUUGUAUCCCCAAACGGUACGGGUGUCUCUAUGGUAAUUGGUGUAGGCAAUGAAAAAUAUGCACCUUAUUAUGAUCCUGACGGGUUGUACACGUGUGGUUUGACUAUCUUGGAGUUAUCCAGCGAUGAUUACGGAACUUGGACAUGUUAUACCGGCACCGCAAGUGACUUAAGGAUAGGAUAUAUUUCAGUUACAACAGCUGAAACUGAAGAUGAUAUCACUCGAUCCUCAAGCUCUUCGACUACAUCAAUCUCGGUUUCGGAGUCAUACACGACAUACAGUGUUUACAACGAGUCUUUAACAUUGACAUGUAGUGCUAUGACAAGUCUGAACUAUUGCUGGUUCAAACAUCCAAAUGGUUCUUAUUAUGCAGCUGUCCCUAAUGCAUCUGAUAAUGGGUUAUGGGUUUAUUCUGGAGAUGGCUUGUCCCUUGGUUCAUGUGCAAUCACUUUUACAUAUUCAACAUAUAAUGAUACUGGGACUUGGACAUGUAACAUGGGUAUUACUGGGCAAGCGACAGAUGUCAGUGUCGAUAUCACCGUUAAGAUAACAUCAAGCGCUCUGACAGCUACAUCUGUUGAGGAAAGUGAUGGUAAUGCAGUUGUUACGUGUACUGUCUUGAAUACCACAAAAGCAUUGUCCUACUGUCGUUUUAUCAGGCCUGACGGUGUUGGUAUCAAUGCUCUGUAUGCCGAUAGUGAUUCUAGAUAUAGCCUGACUGGAACUCCAGGCCAAGGAACAUGUGGCCUUGCUAUCUCUGAAGUUGAAGAUGUUGAUAUAGGAACAUGGGUUUGUGCUGGACGACUACAAUCUUACAGUUCUGAACUCUCCGAUACAUUCAGCCUGAGUUCAGCAUCGAAAAUUGGAUUCAGCUUACUUCUGCUAGGAACUACUAUAUUCAAGACUUUUUUUUUCUGAGCCCGUUUACUCACCUGGAUUUUGAUUAGUUUUCAAACCUGUGUGAUUUUCGCCUCGUUCUCAAUGAAAUAAAAGUGAUUUACCCUGUAUAUCAUAAGAUUAUUUCACGUUUAGAAGCUAGGAUGAGGUUGGCAUGUCUGUUCUUUUGAUAAAUUGUUCUUUUGUAACUGAUAAGUAUAGAACAUUGUAUAGAUUAAAAGUUGGGUAUGGUAGCGAAGUAAUUAAUUGCUACAUUUGUACUCAGCAUUGCGUUGGUAAUGGCACUUCCAGCAACUGCAAUGGUUUCUAAAAACUACCUAGCGCUAAGUCUUGGAUUCGCCGUUUUUGCUUCUGUGAUAGGUAAUUACGUAUAUUUAGGUAUCAGCAAUUGUAAAAUAUGAAUUUUGCUUGACGUAUCAGACUUACAUGACAGAUAGAAUAUAUAUUGACACAUAAAUAC